AUGGUAGAAUCACUUUCUGAUGGUAAUUUCCCUGAUAAGACUGCCGAAGAAGGUUAUAAGUUUUUGCAUGAAGUAGCCGAAAAAUCCCAAGAGUGUGAGGCUAGAGAGUCUAUAAGAUCAAUGACUAGUACUAGUACCAAUUACAGAGUUGAAAAUGAAUUCAACUCUGAGGCCAAGUUUGAUGUCUUGACACGAAGACUUGAGUCGUUAGAAAAAAAUGCUAAAAUUAAGCAUGUUGAGUCUAUUGCACAUACAUCUUUUAUUACUAAUGAUUUUUCUGACCGAAAAAUUCCUAGUUUGGAAGAACGUAUGAGUUUAUUUAUGCAGGCUACUCAAAGUUCUAUUGCGAACUUAGAGGAACAAUUAAAAAAUAUUACUAGACGAUUGGAUGAGCGAGACAAGGGUCAGUUCCCGAGUCAAAUACAGCUUAAUCACAAUAGUUCUUUUGAGGUGAGCACAUCCGGUGCUAAGCGAACUCAUCGUGUCCAGGCCGCCUCUACUCUCAGAAGUGGACGAGUCAUUGAUAAUCAUGUUAGUGAUCCCGAGGAGAAAGAGCAAGAUAGGAACCCGCCUACCAUUACACAGGUUAAAGUCAACAUUCCCCUCUUAGAUGCCAUUAAACAAAUUCCUUUUUAUGCUAAGUUUCUAAGAGAUAUGUGCACUAUGAAACGAAAAUUGAAUGUACAUAAGAAAGCUUUCCUUACUGAACAGGUAAGCUCGAUUAUUACGCAGAAAACUCCACCCAAAUUUAUGGAUCCAGGUUGUCCUACGAUUGCUUGCACUAUAGGAGAACAUAGGGUCGAACAUGCAUUGUUAGAUUUAGGGGCCAGUGUAAAUCUCUUGCCAUAUUCUGUGUAUGUGCAAUUAGAACUUGGUGAUUUGAAAUCCACUAGUGUAACUCUCCAAUUGGAUGAUAGGUCCAUUAAAAUUCCUAGGGGAGUGGUAGAGGAUGUUCUUAUACAGGUUGAAAGUUUUGUUUAUCCUGUUGAUUUUAUUGUUUUGGAUACUCAACCUGUUUCUAAUCCUAGUGGGCAGAUUCCUAUCAUCUUGGGUAGACCUUUCUUGGCUACCUCGAAUGCGGUUAUCAAUUGUCGGAAUGGAAUAAUGAAGCUUACUUUUGGAAAUAUGAAAAUGGAGAUAAAUGUGUUUAGCCUUUCAAAUUCAUCUCAUAUUUCUGAAACUUGUGAACAUUCACAGAUUAUCACUAACCGUAGAUAUAACAGCUAG